AAAGAAGCGAAGAAAUAAUAAGCGAAAGUGGUAAAAGCAAAGCAGAAAAAGAGAAAGCAGCAAGGCAAAAGCAGCAAGAGAGAAAGCAACAAGACGAAAGUAGCAGAAGCAAAGCAGCAAGGUGA